GUCUUGACGAAACUUCCAUCUUCUUCGCAGAACUGCCCGGCCUUUACAGCUUGGAUCAGAGGCUCUUCUUUCACCAUGGCACCAACAGUCCCUCCUCUCUCCGCCCUCAUGGUCAAAGACUGGUUGGGCGGCUUGCGUUGGGAAACCAAGGGUUAUAAAGGAUAUGACGACAAAGAUAACAGGGUGCAUCAGCACCGGAACCUUCUUCAUCAUCGCCACUCUACCCAUAUUGCGAAGACCUUGGUCCGCAAUCUGGCGACAAAAUCUCGUCCCAUAAUUUCUAGAUGCCUCGCAGACAUCUAUAACAACGCAAGCGAACGCGUUCACCUCUGUGAUCGCAUGGAGCCCGAACAAUUCUGGGCCUAUGAAAAAAAUUCAUGGGAGUGGUCUCAAAGUUUCAAUGAUGAAGCAUUCUGGGCGUUCACUCACAAGCUCUUUCUCGCCCGCGCCUUGUAUCUCGACACUGUCCCAGAAGGCCACCGCUCACGAAGAUAUCCUCUUCCCGAAGCCCUCGAUCUUUUCCGUGAUCGCUUCUAUGCCCGUUACGGUCCUGGGGUCAUCUCUGGCUCUAUAUUCGGAACCCAUCCCUCUCAGGGGGAACUCGACAAAGUACAAAAGAAGAUUUUUGCCGCCCAGAAGACCCGCGAUACGUACUUCCAAUACUCGCAAGUGGACAGCGAGGGAGAUGGAAGCGACCGACUCAAAUCGACCGUUGUACAGGAUGAUAGAAUCGAUCCAAACCGAGAGAAAUACUACUGGUGGGAUGAAGUCCAUGUGGAACCAACAGAAGAUAUCGUCGCGUACUACUUUGAUCUUGGUCUCCAAAACCCUCGCCAUGGUCAUAAAGACGCUUAUCAGGAAAUUGAAGACGCCUUAAAACAGGCGGAGGAAGAAGAAGAACGAGAAAAGUUGCUAGACAAAGAGCGGACUGGGCUUGAAGACGAUCUUAUGAUGGUUGAUGUCAGCAAGGAAGAUGAUUGUAUCGGAGAUAUGGGAAUGGGGGGUCUCGAAAUGUGA